GCCGUCUCGCCGUCGCUAGUCAGGGAGCUUGGUGGCCCGGCUGAGCGCGGGUGGUGCAGCGUCUCCGGGCUCCGACGUUCGUGAUACGGCAGUGUAGCCAUGGCAGAACCGCAGCCGGCGUCCGGCGGCCUUACCGACGAGGCCGCCCUCAGCUGCUGCUCCGACCCGGACCCUAGCACCAAGGAUUUUCUGCUGCAGCAGACCAUGCUGAGGAUUAAGGAUCCUAAGAAGUCACUGGAUUUUUAUACUAGAAUUCUUGGAAUGACGCUACUCCAAAAAUUAGAUUUUCCCACUAUGAAAUUUUCACUCUAUUUCUUGGCUUACGAGGAUAAAAAUGACAUCCCAAAAGACAGAGAUGAGAAAGUAGCGUGGGCAUUCUCCAGAAAAGCUACACUUGAACUGACGCACAAUUGGGGCACUGAAGACGAUGAGACCCAGAGUUACCACAGUGGCAAUUCAGACCCUCGGGGAUUUGGUCACAUUGGAAUUGCUGUUCCUGAUGUUCACGGGGCUUGUAAAAGAUUUGAAGAACUGGGAGUCAAAUUUGUGAAGAAACCUGAAGAUGGUAAAAUGAAAGGCCUGGCAUUUAUUCAAGAUCCUGAUGGCUACUGGAUAGAAAUUUUGAAUCCUAACAAAAUGAUAACUAUUAUUUAGUUCUGUGAGAAUACUACUUUGAGAUUUCAGUGAAGACAUUGUGGAAGGUAAAAAAGUAAUCAGUGUGAUUCAGGAUACUCAGAUAAGAGAUAUGUCAUUGUCCCAAUUCAGAUUUAUUCUUAGGUCCAUUUCCCUUUCCUGUUUCAGCUAAGUUUUUCACCUAACUGUUCAGUCAUUCUGGUUUUAAAGUAGUGCUUUGUCUUAUGUCCUUGAAUGUAGUGUAAAACUUUACUUUUUUAGUCAAUAAUCAGAACAAUUCCCUUCAGAGUCUGCAUUUGCCUUCUGUCUCCUAAAGAGAUAUAAGUCCACAAGUCUGCCUUUGGAUCAUCAUUUUAAAAAAAAAUUUAACAUGUUUUUGUUGUGGUUACCUUGUGGGGUUUCAGUUCCUCAGAAGUAACUUUUCACAAAGGAAAGUAAAGAAUACUGAACAAAAAGGAAACUUCAUGUAUAUUUCAAAUAGUAUAAAGUUUAUUUUGCAAAAGAGAAGUUACUCUUGGGAUAAAUUCAGAAUCAUGCUGACAAGGAUGCUGAUAGAAAAACUAAUUUCUUCUUCUUUACAAAGUACUUUCAAAGUUCAAGGACUAACCUCUUUACUUUGGGAUGGAGAGGAGGAUGGGAAUAUUCUCUACUGGGUAUGCAGACACUGGACUAGGCUGUCACAUACUUUAUCUCACUUAAUCCUCCUCACCAUCCUGUGAGAUAGAAAGCAGGUUAGACAUGCAAAAUAACUUUAAUGAAUCCAAGGCAAUAUAAACAGGCUCAAGUACUCAAGAUGUCAUCAUUUUUAGUAUUUAGAUUGUACCUCAAAAAUCAGUACAUCACAAUACCUCCUCCACUAGUCUUCCUUGUAAAAAUCUUCAGUGAGUUUGAGCAUUGUGCUCUCAGCUCUUGGGCCUGAGUACCACAGUGAGGGAAGAAGCAGUGGAGGAAGUCAGGAGCACACGACUGUUCUGGGGAUGCUCGGUUGUUCCUGUGCGAGUGGUGCUUAUAUUACUUGCAAAGAGUCCCCUACCCCAAGGUCUUCCGGUUGCCAGUAAUCAUUUAGGAUAAAUUACGUUCAGUGAUAACAUAACUUAGUAAUCAGAAGUCAGCUCAGUGAUCUUCCCUGCUGUGAUUGACAUUUGGUUUUUAAAAACCAAACUGAUUUAAAAAAAAAAAACUGAAUUUGAAAAUCUCUUAUGGCCCAGAUAAUAAGAACAUCAAGUUUGUGGUUUAACUACAUUUAGAUUGAUUUAUAGACUUUUGUAGAAGACCUUUAGAUAGGCCGUGCCAACUGUACUUACACUAGAGGCACUUUACGUUUCCUUUUUGGAUGGAAUGGAUUCAUGUGAGCAGUUCAAACAAAUAACAGUACUUAUAGACUGAAAUAAAGUCAAAUUUUAGAUAAGACUAUAUUAAUUUGCAAACUUCUGUCUAGCACGUUCUUUGGAAAAAAGGAAAAAGAUUGCCUUCUGGGAGUUCUGCAAGGAUUUGAAAGGGCUUGCAAGGCUCAUUCAGAACUGGGAAUAGUUGUAAUUCUAAGGAUAGGGAAGGGUAGGGAAUGUGGGAGGAGGAGAGUAAAUAAGGAAUAAAGAAUUGUGGUAGGAAAAAUGCAGAGAAGAAGAAAGGGCAAAUAUCAAAAGUGAGUUGUGGGAAGUACAAGUGUUUCCAAGUUGGACAGUUAUCAUAAAUUCAGUCGUUCAAACCUUAUUUCCACAGGAAGAAGCCUUCUCUACUUGCUAAGUAAAACUUGCCAAAAGAUAGCGCUUGCUUAUUUUUUUAAGUUCAUCCCUAUAUGCAUUGAAGGAAUAUACAUUGUAUCACCAGGCUUUGCUAGAGAUUAGGGCAAUUCACUUACUUCUAAAUAAACUUACCUGAGAAAUGGUGAUAUGAAAGGGUGAAAUAGAGCACAAGAAGCUUUCUUAUUUUCCAUGAUUGGACAGCAAGACUGUAGCCUACUGUCAGUGUAAAAUAAAUUAGUCUCAUGAACCCUACACCACUGAGCCUGGGACUCAGUUAUAAUACAGGUGGUCUGAAUUAAUUGCUGAUGCCUUAGAAUCACGCGUGGCUUCCCCACAUCACAUUCUGACUAGGAUUGCGUACAAUGUAUAUAAAUCUUCCUUAGUAACACAACUGUUUGUGAAGAGGGUUAUAUCAGUAAAGAUGCAUGCUGCUUAUAAUGAGAAAAGACCCAAUUCUUUGUGUGUGUGUGUGUGUGUGUUGAAUUGUUGUUGCUAAUUUAUUGAUAAUAGCUCAGUGACUGUGAAUGGUACCAGAGCAAAGUAUACCAAAAUACUCUGACAUUCUAAAAAUAACUAAUACGUGUUCAACAUUUUGCACAGCAUUAUUGCAGUGGCUGAUAAAACUGUAAAACAAGCUUUAUUAUAAUUCUCAUUUUAUGGAUAAGGAGACCAAGGUUAAGAAAGGCUCUUUGACUUUUCAAAAUCACUCAGCCAGGAAAGAAAGGCAGGUAAAUAGCAUAAAAAAAAUAACAGAACCUGGGACCCCUCAAAUUUAGGAAUAAGUAGGCACAAAGACCAAAUAUGCUAGCAGCAAAUCAAGCCAGCAGGAGACAGUAAAAGCAAGGAAUAGACGUCUAUCUAUUGAUGCAAAACCUGAAAGAACCAAGGUGAUCUGGCUGCCAGAAUUUAGCCUCAGCUGUAUCACUGUUAAAUAUAUAUUUAAAAAUUACCUUUAAUUGCUAGAAAAUAAAAGACAAAGAACACAUGCUUAGUUUAAAAUUGUUUUAGCAGUGGGGAAGCAGUGGGUGUAAGGGCCGGGGCAAAGGGACUGCUGCUUGAAAAGUAAUCUCAGAUCACUAAUAGGUUCACAAGAAUAUGUGAGAUCCAAGACGUCUUGGGAACCAGGGUCCAGGUUUUCAAUGGAUUGGUCUUCCUGGUUGGAGUUUUAGGGCUUUACUUGGGUAUGGUGUAUCCAGCUGGCAAUCCCAGGAACUGUGAACUGGGAAUCUCUAAUCUGAUUGGAGUGAUCUCCUUUUAGUUUAGCAGGUGGCUGAUCACCCAGGAGGAAGAAAGCUGCUUGACCAGGAUAGCACAGCCCUUUAUGCUGGCCGCUGGUGUUCCACUGGCCUCAUGGAGGGGGAAGGCGGUAGGAGAGAUUAGGCUAGAAUGUAGAGAAGCUAAGAUAAUGGGGAAUCCGAGUCAUUGCACCAAAAGAUGUUACCCCCAAUAAAGGAAAAGUCCCCAGUCCUUGUCUUAGCCAAAAGACAAGAUUAUAGACAGGAGAUGGAGUAUGUUAUGUAGCAAGAGAUUUUAAAGGAUUUAAUUAGAAAAGGAAAAAUACGCCUCAAAGGCGGGCUAAUCCAAGGGAGGAAAAAGCCUAUUGUAGUACCAUUUAUAGUAGCCAAGAUACGGAAGCAACCUAGGUGUCCAUCAACAGACAAAUGGAUAAAGAUGUGGUGUACAUAUAUACAUAUAUAUAUAUAUAUAUAUAUAUAUAUAGAGAGAGAGAGAGAGAGAGAGAGAGAGAGAGAGAGAGAGAAAAUAUUGGCCAUUAAAAAAUGGAAUCUUUCCAUUUGGAACAACAUUGAUGGAUCUAGAGGAUAUUACGCUAUGAAACAAGUCAAAGAAAGACAGAUACCAUAUGAUCUCACUUAUAUGUGGAAUCUAAAAAAGAAAACAAAACAAGAACAGGCUAAUAGAUAAAGAGAACAAAGGAGUGGUUGCCAGAAGCGGGGGAUGUUGGGGCGUAAGUGAAAUAGGUGAAGGGGAUUAAACCUCCAGUUAUAUAAUAAAUAAGCCAUGUGAUGUAAUAUGCAGCAUAAAGAAUAUGGCCAAUAAUGUAAUAACUUUAUAUGAGGACAGACGGUUACUUAAUGUAUGCAAAUGUCAAAUCAUUAUUUAGUACACCUGAAACUAACAUAAUAUUCUAUGUCAACUGUAUUUCCAUUAAAAAAAAAGAAAAAAGAUUUAGUCUCUUAGCAACUUUGGAGCUUAUAAUAUAAUAUUAUUGUCUAAAAUCACUAUGCUGUGCAUUAGAUCUCCAGGACUUAAUUUACCUAGUUGCAAGUUUCACUUUACAAUUUUUAAAAAUGUUAGGUUAGUUUUAGAUAUACAGGAAUGUUGCAGAGAUAGUACAGAGAGUUCCCAUAUACCCCAGACCCAGUUUCCCUUAUAUUUAAAAUCUUACGUUAGUAUAAACAUUUGUCACCAGUACUAAACCUGUAUUAAUCCAUUAUUAAUAACUUAAGUCUAUACUUUAUUCAGAUUUCCUUAGUUUUUACCUACUUUUUCUGUUACAGGAUCCUAUCCAAAAUACCACAUUGCAUUGAGUCAUCAUGUCUCUGUAGGCUCUUCUAGAAGGUGAUAGUUUUUCAGACUUAAUUUAUUUUUAAUUACUUUGACAGCGUUGAGGAGUACUAGUCAGAUACUUUGUACAAUGUUUCCCAGUUGGGAUUUUAUGGAUUUUUUUUCUCAUGAUGAAUCUGGAGUUACGGGUUUGUAGGAGAAAAACUGCAGAGGUAAAGUGCCCUUCUCACCACAUCUUAUCAAGGGUACUCACUAUCAGCAUGAUGUAUUACUGGUGAUGUUAAACCUUGAUCACCUGGCAGAGGUGGUGUUUGUCAACUGUCUCUACUGUCAUGUUAUUCUCCACUCACCCACUUCCCAUACUGUGCGCCUUGGAAGGCAGUCAAUGUGCAAAGCCCAAACUUAAGGUUUGGGGAGUUAUGCUCCCUCCUUGAGGGGAAAAGCAGGCAUUUCACUUAUAUGAAUUCUCAGUGAGACUUUCCAAAGCUGUGCAGGCCUUUACAGGAUGUCUUACAUCCCUGUCCCUAGUCCACUAAAUACCAGUAGUGACACCCAACAGAAAAUGCCCCUCAAGUUUCCAAAACAAACCCUAGGGGUCAGUACUGCCCUGUUGAGAACCACUGGCCUAAGAUUACUGAUUCUAGUAUCUGUAAAUUGGAGUGUGAACUUAAAGCAUUUACAAAGGAAUCUGAGUUCCAAAUCCAAAGUUUUGCUUUCCUCCUAAUUUGCAUGUUUUGCCACAAAUUCACAGCAAUUUUAUUUUUUUAAUUAAAAAAUUUAAAAAUUUUUAUACAAUUUUUAAAGGUCACUUUUCAUUUACAGUUAUUACAAAAUAUUGGCUCUAUUCCCCAUGUUGUACGGUACAUCCUUGAGCCUGUCUUAUACCCAGUAGUUUGGACCUUCCCCUCCCCAACCCCUUUACUGCCCCCUCCAAACCCCCUGGUAACCACUAAUAGCAACAAUUUAUUUUAGUUAUUUGCUUUUGAGAGUUCUUCAGAGAAUUCAACUUUCCUUUUAUAUAAACUCACUUUAUUGUUUUUUGUAGUAUUUCAUUAAAUAAUAGGUUUAUAAUUAGGAACAUAACUGGCUCGAACAUGUUGGUAACGGGCACAGCUGAUUUGAUAAGUAUACAACUCAUCAGGGAAGCAGAAGUGCACAGGUAUUCCAGAGAGUAGCCAACUAGUUACAGUUAAUCAGCUUGCCAGGGCAUCAGUUCUUUACUGAGAAAAUGGUGAGUCAGUUUAAUCCAAUAGUUAAUGAAGUGGAAAUUGGUGAAGAGAACUUUGACUGUAAAUUUGUUGAUUUGAGUCCUGUCCACUUUAGCAAAGAUUAUAGAAGAUUUUUAAAAUGCCAAUUCCAGGCAGGAGCUGCUAUAGUUGUAAUGAAAUAGGCGCUUCCAUAGACUUCACCCAAACUAUUGACAUACCAAUUUUGCAAUAGGUUUCAAGAGCCAUUAAAGAUUUUAAAAUGUCUGAGUCCUUUAAACUGGUACGUUGCAAUAUUCUGGGAAUUCUGUGUCCUCGAAAAUAAUCAGAUUUUAGCUUAAAAAUCAUAUACAAUUUGUUGCUUUCAUAAUUAUUCAUUAUAGCAAAAAAUUAGAAAAUUUAAAUGUCUAAAAAUGGGGAAAUGGUUAACUAUUACAGCACCCACAUUUGAUGGAAUAUUUAUCUAUUUUAACACCAUUAAAUUGUAUUUUCAAAGAACAUUUAAAGGUGUGGAGAAAUGCUCAUGAGAUAUUAUGUGGAAAAAGCAGUAUACAGACAUGUGCAUUAUGUUCUCAAUUUUGUUAAAAAAAAAAAAAAGGAACAAGUACACAAAGAAAUGACUAGAAGGAAAUAUACAAAAUUGUGAUUGUCCCUGGCUGCUGGGAUUGCCAAUAAUUUUAUUUCCUUCCUUAUAUUUUUCUGUAUUCUCCAAAAUCUCUAAAAUGAGUAUGAUCAUUUUUAUAAUCUGGAAAAAUAAAUGAGAAAUUGCUGAGAA